AUGUCGACAAAUAAGGUCGUGCCACCAGCCCAUGUCAUCCCGGCAAACGCUGCCGCUGCCGCAUUGAACAGGUCUUCCCUUCCCGCGGAGUCGUCGCCCGCGGUUUGGGACCGCAUUUCCACGUGGGCUUCCGAGAAUAAAGCGCUCUUGUACACCAUUGCUGGGGUUGCCGUAGUCGUCACAAGCGCUGGCGUAGUCUAUUAUUUAACAUCAGACUCCGGCCGAUCUACAGGUUCGACGCAGCCCACGGAGAAGAAGAAGAGCAAAAAGGAGAGGCGGCGUGAGAAAAAGAAGGCGGAAGAGGAGAAAAAGGCUGAAGUUACCCCUCCGUCUAACGCUACCCAGAAGAAGCCAGAGGAAGCGCUGGAAAUACCGGAAUUCGAUGAAUCUACCAUUGAUAGUCUGUCAGCUGAGGUCCGUGCCUCAUACGCUGCAAAGCUGAAAGCCGCCGGAAACAGAGCCUUUGGAUCUCUUGAUUACAACCGAGCGAUUGAACUCUACGGGAAAGCUAUCCUUUGCAAACCUGAUCCCGUAUACUACUCGAACCGUGCUGCCUGUUAUAAUGCGCUCAGUGAAUGGGACAAGGUGGUGGAGGACACUUCUGCCGCUCUCUCCAUGGAUGAUGAAUAUGUAAAAGCUAUGAACCGACGAGCAAACGCAUACGAGAAGCUAGGGAAAUUCAGUGAAGCUCUGUUGGAUUACACCGCCAGCUGCAUUAUCGAUGGAUUCGCUAAGGAAUCUAGCAAGCAGGCUGUGGAGAGGCUGUUGAAGAAAGUUGCGGAACAAAAGGGACAUGCCAUCCUGGAAGCGAAGGGGAAGAAACUCCCCAGCGCUACAUUCGUGUCCAAUUACCUUCAGAGCUUCCGCCAAAGGCCCCUACCAGACGGUCUGGGUGAGGAUGUCGAAUUGGACGAGGAGAGCAGUAAAGGACAACUCCGUAAGGGCUUGCUUGCCAUGUCCAAGCCAACAAGUGAUGGGUAUGAGGAGGCUGCGAGAGCUUUUGAGAAAGCACUUGAGUUGGGAGACCUAGACGAGUUUGAAGCCCUUGCGCUGAACAUGCGUGCUACAUUCACGUACUUGGCUGGCGAUGCGCAAGCAGCCCUACAAGAUUUGAACAAGAGUGUCGAACUUAGUCCAUCGUUAGUUCAGAGUUACAUCAAACGGGCGAGCCUACAUCUUGAGCUUGGAAACCGAGAAGCUGCCGCAGAUGAUUUCGACCUCGCCGUAGCCCAGAACAAAGACGACCCGGACAUCUACUACCAUCGCGCCCAGCUGCACUUUAUCCUUGGUGAGCUCCCAGAGGCAGCGAAAGACUAUCAAAAAUCAAUCGACCUAGACCGGGACUUUAUCUAUUCGCACAUCCAAUUGGGUGUGACGCAGUACAAGAUGGGUUCCGUCGUUUCCGCAAUGGCCACAUUCCGCCGCUCCGUCAAGAACUUCGAGAAAGUAUCAGACGUGUAUAACUACUACGGCGAGUUACUGCUCGACCAGCAGAAACACGCAGAGGCAAUUGAGAAGUUCGACAAGGCUGUUGAGCUGGAGAAAACCAACAAGCCUUGGGGCAUCAAUGUGCUACCCUUGAUCAACAAGGCCUUGGCCCUGUUCCAGUGGAAGCACGAUUUUACCGAAGCCGAGAAUCUAUGCCAGAAGGCUCUGAUCAUUGAUCCCGAAUGCGACAUCGCCGUCGCCACACUCGCCCAACUCCUUCUGCAGCAAGGCAAAGUAUCCCAGGCACUGAAAUACUUCGAGCGAGCCGGCGAGCUAGCCCGAACAGAGGCAGAAGUCAUCAACGCCGUGUCAUACGCUGAAGCCACCCGUGCACAACUGGAGGUGCAGGAGAGAUAUCCUAAGCUUGCGGCGCGACUGCAGCAGGUGGCCGGCGCGGCUGCGAUGGGGGUGCCUCCGUCGUAA